CGUUUGACUCGUUUCGUGGAGUUUGGCCGUAAGAUAGUGUGUGUCGGCAAGAACUAUGGCAAACACGCCCAAGAAAUGGGGGGUAAAGUGCCCGACAAACCACUCAUCUUCUUAAAGCCCGCCACCGCUUAUGUGACCGAAGGAAACCCUAUUAAAUUUCCCGUCGGUUGCGGAGAACUCCAUCACGAGGUAGAGCUCGGAGUGGUUAUCGGUCGCAAAGGAUCCAACAUCAGUGAGAGUGAGGCCAUGGAUUAUGUCGGUGGGUAUGCCAUCACACUAGACAUGACGGCACGCGACUGGCAAUCGACAGCUAAGAAAGAGGGAACGCCGUGGUCUAUAGCCAAGGGGUUCGACACGUCUUGUCCCGUGGGCUCAUUCAUCCCAAAGGAAUCGAUUGGUGAUCCAAAUUCAUUGCAAUUGUGGUGUAAAGUGAAUGGAAAUUUGAAACAAAACGGAAACACAUCGGAUAUGGUGUUCAAAAUCCCACAUUUAAUUAGUUUUAUCAGUCAAUACUUCACUCUCGAAACAGGAGAUCUCAUCCUUACUGGAACUCCUGAAGGUGUGGGUCCUGUCAAUCCCGGUGACACCAUUGAGGUUGGUUUGGGAGACCUGUCGAAAGUUUCAUUUCAAGUACAGGCAAACCAAUAGACUUAGAAUAUUGUA